UUCAAGUCUUCAGUCUCUGCAAAGUAUUUGCUCGUCGCUUCCCUCAUCAAUUAUUCCAGGGUAUACCAAGUAAUGUGUAAUGACUGACCGAAGAAGAAUCAAUGGGCCGCCUAGCGGCACGAGGUCUGCAGUCUUUUCCUUUUCUCGAAACUCCGCCUCUGAUAUUGCGACUGCGCGACCACAACGUCAGAGACAGCCGAAUGAAUUGCGAAAAAUCUUUCUGAAAACCGGCCUUAUUCCUUCUGCAUCUGGAUCCGCCUACCUUGAAUAUGAACCUUCAGCUUCACUCGCCGCCGCACGCUCGUCUCCCAAGUCUCUAAUUCCUCCUUCAUCGGCAUUGAAACUCGCUUGCACAGUUCAUGGGCCGAAACCACUUCCUCGCUCUGCUACAUUCUCUCCAAAUCUAGUUCUCACAACUCACGUCAAAUAUGCUCCAUUCGCCGGCCGUAAGAGGAAAGGGCAUAUCCGCGAUGCCAGCGAACGCGAUCUUGGUGUACACUUAGAGACCGCUUUAAGAGGUGUCAUUGUUGCUGAACGGUGGCCGAAGAGUGGACUGGAUAUCACUAUCACCAUCCUAGAAGCAGAAGACGACCGCUGGUGGGGCGAUGCGCCAGACUCCCAUGAUGCUUCGUGGGGAAUGAUGAACGUUCUUGCUGGAUGUGUCACUGCUGCAUCUGCAGCCAUUGCCGAUGCUAGGAUUGACUGCCUUGAUCUCAUUGCUGGAGGCGUGGCUGCUAUUGUCGCCGAUGAAUCGGAAGACGGUAAACCCAAGCCAAAAUUGAUGUUAGACACAGAUCCAGCGGAGCACCGGGCCAUAAUGUCCGCUUGUGUGGUCGCUUAUAUGCCUUCUAGAGAUGAAAUCACAGAGAUUUGGCUCAAGGGCGACACCUCCAAAGUGCUGUUAGGGUCCGAUGAUAAGCGCUCCGGAAGUGAAGCUCUGCUAGAUGGUGCUGUGGAUGCAGCCCGGGGGGCGCAUUCCGUUCUGGCUGAGGCUGUAAGGGAGUCUGCAGAGCGCUUUGCUGGUCUGGUUCCUCGGGGAGGUGGUACACAAUGAGUUACAGGCUGAAAGCCAAGAUGAAAUGACAUUGCAUGGUCUAAUAUAUCCUUUAUCAACUAUCUCGUUUAGCAUUGAAUGUAGUUGGUUUCUGUCGUGUGGAAA